GGCUUACGGCAAUUCAAAUGCAUUUUCAACUUGUUUGUUGUAGAAGACCCAUCUGAGGAAAGAGGUACUGAGGAAGAAGAACACGAAGGGGAUGAGUACACAACACGUUGUUACUGUACAAUGAGUCACAACGAUGAUUUUAUGAUUCAAUGCGACGUUUGCAACGUUUGGCAACAUAUGGUAUGCAUGGGUGUUGACAAGAACUGUGUUCCUAAAGUAUAUAAGUGUGAAAUUUGUAAUCCUCGUCUUCUAAAGUUUUCGGUGGCUGAGGCAAAAGCCAUACAAGUGAAAUAUUUGGAGAUGAAAAAGCGAAAAAAAUUCGCUAAACCAAAAGCCAGGAGAGUUGAUCCUGUGGCGAAAAAGAGGGCUGCGUCGAAAACAGUGAGUUAUAAAUUGAACUGCAGACUUUGUUCAAUUUUCGAAUCUUUUUUUGGCAGAGAAGGCAAUAUUUCGCUCCUGGAGUCUAUCAAAAAUAAUGAGACAGUUCGCGUUAUGUUUGUUGCGCAGGACAGUGAGGGACUGGUGUCGACUCGAAGUUUUAGGAAAGGAGAACCGGUGGUUUUUGUUUGUGGUCGUCUUUGCUUGCCAUCGGAAUGUCCUGGUAGGGAAAAUCUACAUUUGGAUGGACUGGAUUCUGCGCCUGUAACGGUUUGCAUAGAUGCUCGUCGUUCAGGCUCAACGGCGAGAUUUGCUAGAAGAUCUUGUAAACCGAACGUGAAGUUGCAGCACAUGUUCAUUUCGGGGAAGCUUUAUGUUUUUGGUGUCGCGACUGAGGACGUUGAAAGGGGUGACGAGGUAACUCUACCAUUUGAUCCUGAUUUUGCUCUUUCAAAAAAGAAGCUUGUCUGUGCAUGUACUCCGGAUGAGGAGAAUACAGGUUCAGAUACUUGUAAAAUUAGGAAAUUAGGAAGUACUUUAGAAGAGUCGGCUCUUGCUGGCUGGAAGGUACUGUUUUUUAUUAUUACAGUCCUUAUACGUUUAUGUGGUGCCUCCGCAGAAGAAGGUAGGAAGAGGUUCAGCGAGAAAGAGGCUCAAAAACGACAGUGA